AUGAGACUGGUUGAGGUGCAGGUCGCUGGCGGCCACAUCUUCAAAUUUCCAAGCUAUAUCUUGAAUGAAAGCAUGUUCUUGCAGGCCAACUUCCAGCUUUCAACGGUGUCCAAGAUCCACCUUCCAGAAUUCACCUACGAGGAGUUCCAGAACCUCUUCGACGUUGUGCUUCCUGUCCCAUCCGAGAUGUACGUCGCUCUUUCCGAAGAUGGACACGUCGCUGCUGUACUGAACUGUCUAAUAUCCUGUGCGCUUUUGGAAAAGACGAAGCCGAAGGAUGCUUGGAUUUCCGCCCUGACGACAGCCUCUCGUCUCAAGAUGGCCUACACACAUAAGGCCUGCAUUCGCAGCCUCAGCGAACGGUGUGUCCUCACCUCUGUCGAGAAAGUCGCCAUCGGGCAAGUGUACGCCACCCAUUCCCCCUUCCUUCGAGGAUGCAGAGAGUGUGUUCUUGGUGAUGACCUCAGCACAGAAGAGGCAGCUGCAAUGGGAUGGCAGAACGCGUUUCUCAUCGGGAGGACCAGGAUAAAUCUUGUCAUUGGUCCUAGGCCACCACCGUCCGAUCCAAGGUACCGUCGUAUCAAGGACAUCAUUCCCGAGAAUUACCUCGAGGAGAUGUUCGCUGAGCCGCUGAGGGAGAUAGACGCGGAGAACAAGAAGUUUCCCUCUCCGGUGACCAACGAGAAAGGGAAUGGGAACGCAGGUUUGAAACGCUAUGAUUCGUGGCACGGGUUCACUGGCGACAUGGACUUGAGUCUCUUGGGACCACCUAGGUGA